AUGAUGCCUCCCAAAACAAUAAACAACAAUGGGGACACUGGCAAGUUCACCCGGUUGAGGUUCAUGGUGACAAUCCUGGCAAUCCUUGUGAGCUGGAGGGUCUUUGUGGUUGUUCUGGAGAAUUUCAAGGAUCAAGUUGACAUGGCCAAUGGUUCCUUCAAGGACAGAAAUAUUGCUGCCUCUCCACUCACAUCCACAGCCAGCAUUUUGGGGGACGUGAUUACCAAUGUUGCUACCAGUGCCGCCACUGCCAGUCGUUUCAAGGGGGAUCCCGUGAGAGAAUUUGAUGGACAACGCCGAUUCGGUCCGACAGCCAGAGCCCCAACCAAAGUGGAAGAGAAGAAAAGCAAAAUGGAAACAGGAGGCGACAGUACAGCUUCAGAGGACUUGCCCUCCUUUUUACAAAGAGAGCCUCUCUACCAAACAUGCAACCAGUGGGCUGUGGUCACUACAAUCUAUGAACCAGCCGAUGCCAUCAAAGGAGUUGGUAAUCAGCUGACCCAAUGGUGCAUGGUGGUGGUGGCAGAUACCAAGACGCCCAAAAACUACAUGGACAUGGCUGGCUGGAACAACACUGGUGGCGGCACAAAGGUUCGAUUCUUGUCUGUCCCCGCGCAGGAGCAACUCGCCAAGAUGGUCCCCUUUGUGGAACAAACACCCUACCGGAGUUUUGCAUGGAAGAAUAUUGGGUAUCUCUACGCCAUUUGGAUGGGAGCCACUACCAUUUUUGACUUUGAUGACGACAAUUUGGUCUCACUGCGCAGUGAGUUGCAAGGUGACAUGUUUUCUGGUGAAGAACUAAUGGCAGUUUUUGCUGACGAAAACAGGGAACGACACAUGAUCAAGCAUAUCAGCACAGCCAUGUCCUAUGAGGGACGUGCAUUCAAUCCUUUCCCAGUCAUGGGAGCCUCUGUCUCGGAUUCUUGGCCUCGUGGAAUGCCUCUGUCUCUUAUCAGCAGCGUAGAAGCCAGGGGACAGAGAGGUCCACUGUUGAUUAAAGAAUUGGAGCGAUCCAAUAUUGCUGUGAUCCAAGACCAUGACAAUUGA